UGACGUCGCUUCCGGAAAUGACGUUGAGACAGAACGUUCUGACACGAGGACUCAAAGUAACUGAAGGAGGCGCGCGUUUAGAAAGUAAUAAGACUGCUGCUAUUGCAAAACAGUGGGGACCAUUUUAUUGAGUUACUAAGAUGCCGAGAAAUGUAGAAAUAAAAGCAAGAGUUCGUGACUGGGAGCGCACACUUCAAGAGUGUUGCAAUCAAAGCAAAACUGCUGGAGAGUUGAUCAAACAGAGAGAUGUUUUCUUUAACAGUAGCCAUGGCCGUCUUAAGCUAAGAGACUUUCAGGAUGGACAGGGCCAGCUUAUAUACUAUGAACGUCCCGAUCUUGUUGGGCCUAAACUUUCGGAUUACUCCAUCUCCAACACAACUCAUCCUGCUGACCUUGAGAGAGUACUGACUCAAGCCCUGGGAGUCCGUGGCUCAGUAGUUAAGGAGCGUCUCCUCUUUCUAGUUGGACAAACCCGGAUUCAUCUUGACAAAGUGCAGGGUCUGGGAGAGUUUUUGGAGCUUGAGAUGUCUAGAGAUUGCAGAUCUCUUCUCAUUUCUAUCCACCGCCGCUAGAUGUUCUAGGAACCUUGUUCCGGCUUUACGGACCGUCUUCCCUACAUAUUGGACACCACAUUGACAAGUCGCCAAAUAUAUUAUGCCCUGCGACAUACAAUUAAAAUAUUGCUUAAUCGGAAAAGAGUGCCCAGUCCUAGAACUUACAAAUUCUUUAGAUUUCUUAAUAAAUUUACAGGAACCACAUCUAUCUCUACCACACUUGUAGUUACCUCUAUGCUUUAGCCAAUUUUUCGAAGUGGUUUCUUUAGAAUUAAAAAUACUUUUUGAUAUAUGGGAACCUAAGUCCCUAGCUUUUUUGUAGACGAAAGACGGUUUCUCUUCAAGUUGCUGUUUCAGGACCGGAUCCUGUAAGAGAAUAUCCCAGUGUUUCCGUACACUUCGUUCCACAAAACAUGUUCCUCUAUUGUACGUAGUACAGAAUCGUAAUCUGGGGGCUGCUUUCUCUGGAUUAUUUCUAUUGCUCUUACUUGAAAGCAAUUCGGACCUGUUACUUAAUACUGCUCUAUCACUUGCUGCGUAAAGUAAUCAGUAAAUCAUUGGGGGGAAAAAACCCCGGGAACACCCCCAGUAUCCCUCAGUAAAUAAUAUAACCUAAAAAAUAGGCACCCCCAGAAAAUGUUUUUCUCACUUAAAUCUGAUCUUUCCUGCUUCUGCUAUAGCAGGGGGCCACAACCUUUUUUUAUUUUUUUUAUUUAUUUAUUUUUUUUACCUGUGAGCCACAUUCAAAUGUAAAAAGAGCUGGGGAGCAACAUACACAUAAAAAAAAGUCCAUGUGGAUGUAUAAUAGAUUCUUCUUUGCAACUAGGAAAAUAUAAAUCUAAUUGUUUCAAUACUAGUAUAAUUAAGCAAGCAUUUUUAUAUAUAUAUUUUCCUACAUGAUAGUGUCCUUAGUAGUGGAGUAGCCUUGGCACUAAUCAGGAUUUGCUAUAGUUUGCUUGAGAAGAAGGUAAUUUGUGAGGAUGUAUAAACUCCCUGAUUCUCAUCAAUAUGGUGAAUGCAGCUCUUGAUUAUUUUUUUUUUGUUUUAGUGUUAUUGAGUUGCCAGAUGUCCAUGGAGAUGGAGGUUACAUAUUUGCACUGCAUUAAAAAAAAAAAUUAAAUUCUGGCCACUGUGAAGUAGCGCAUAUUGUGGUUUAAAGUGAGUUUGGGACAGCAUGGAGAAUUUGGAGUCAUUGGUUUAAUUAAGAAUAAUUGCAGUAUACCAGUAAAAGCUUACAGGUUGAAGCAAUGUGUUAGAUCAGUGCUGUCCAAUUUAUAUGGUACAGAGGGCCAAAAUUUUUCUAAUCUACAUAGUGGAGGACCGAUAAUGGAAGCCAGUGUUAGCCACUCCCUGUUUUUAGACCACACCCACUUUAGACCACACCCAUGUUACCGCAAGACCAUGUCCACAUUAAUAGCACACCAAAAAACCAGAUGGUUGGUGCUCACUGCAGGGAUCAGGGCCAGAACUAGGGGUAUGCAGAGUAGGCCGCUCUCUAGGACGCCAUCAUCGAGGGGUGCACUUUUAAUGGUUUUUUUCU